AUGGCGACUGUGCAGCUCAACUUCUCUCUUCGGACCUCUGCCAACGUCAAGACGGUCCACCUCGUCGGAUCAUGGGAUAAGUAUUCUCGCCAACUCCCUCUUUCCAAGGAUACUUCGAAGUCGGGAUCAUGGACAGGCAAGUUCCGCUUUCAGACAUCGAUGCUCAAGCUGGGUGGGCGGUAUUGGUACUACUAUAUCAUGGACGGCUACCACGUUUCCCACGACCCCGCGCAAGAAUACACCGUUGAGAAAACCACCGGACGAAAGCUCAACGUCUUGGACGUGCCUGACCCGCGUAGUCCCACGUCUUCCAGCCACCACUCCCGACGCCAAUCGACCGAUAUUCCUAAAGGCCGCGCUCUAUCGCCAUCCAAGAUCCAACACCCAAGACCCUCGAAACCCUACGAGUCGCGCCAAAUCCGCGAAGAUGACUUCAUCGUCGAAGAACUCGCGGACCAACUCGCAUCAUCCCGCCUCUCGGACGGGUACUACUCGAACAGCCCGCCUAGUUCCGUCGGCUCGUCGCUCUCCUCUCGAUCAGAUAGCUCGUCCCCCUCUUCGCUGUCUUCUAUGAGUGACCCGCCCACGCCCAUCUGCCGUUGCGAGAGAUACGGUAUUACCCGCAAGGGAGACCGUGUCAAGUUAGACUGUGGCGGUAGCCGAUGCGGAUACUUCACCGAGUCAUCUGAGGGAUCAGACUGUUCGUCCGACGCGGAGUCCGAUCACGACUAUAGAGUCGCAAAGAGCGCUGCUCGUCGACAGGGCAUCGUCGUCCGGAGAUAA